AUGGCGCCUCGCUACGGGGCAUCCCAUCUCUUGCAGAAAUAUCGCUUCUGUUACACCGGUUUUUUCUACUUACUGGCAUACAUCGUUGGUCUCUACAUUAUUUAUAUUCUUGCAAGCAUUGUAUAUGAACUAUAUUUCAGUCCUCUUAGCAAAAUACCGGGGCGUAAAUCGUGGAUUGCCUUCCCGCUUCUGCGCCAUGUAGCUGCUUUGAGAGGAAACCUGGACAGCGAAAUUCUCGACAUACAUGAAAAAUACGGGGAUAUUGUUCGGCUUGGCCCAAACGAAGUCUCAUUUACUACUGCAGACGCAUGGCAAGACAUAUUUGGCCACGGGCAUCGCCAGCUACCGAAAGCUCUCGCCUAUGGCUUUUCCGACAAGGCCUUGCGUCAACAGGAGCCGCUAAUCAAAGUCUAUGUGGACUUACUCAUCGAAAAGCUGAAGGACGUUGCUUCUUCCACCUCGAAAACCGACAUGGUCCGAUGGUACAAUCUCACUACCUUUGAUGUGAUCGGCGACCUCUCCUUUGGGCAGUCGUUCGGAGGACUGCAGAACACCGACAUGCAUGAAUGGAUCACCAAUAUUUUUUUGUUCACGAAGUUUGGGAUGUUCACAAGACUGGCAAAUGCUUAUCCCCUCAUUGGUGCCGUGAUCUCCAUCUUUACGCCGAAGUUUCUUUUCGAAGCUGGCAAGAGGCAGGAGUCUUUCGCACGGAUUACGGUUACAAAACGUAUCAACAACACUCAGCAACAUGGCCGUAGCGACUUCGUGGACUCAAUGUUACGGCAUAAAGGCGACGGAGACGAGCUUUCAUUUGAGGAAAUUGUCUCGAAUGCUAACGCACUCAUCUUUGCUGGCUCAGAAACGACAGCUACACUACUUUCAGGCGCAACCUACUGGCUUUUGAAAACGCCGCAAGCGCUCAAGAAGGCCAUUGACGAAGUACGCACACAGUUUGAGACUGAAGAGGAGAUUACUUUCAUUUCGACUGCGAACAAAUUGCCAUACAUGGUUGCCUGUCUAGAAGAAGCUCUGCGAAUAUAUCCGCCUGUUGCGACCCAACUCCCGCGUCGCACUCUCCCUGGAGCGCCCACCAGAAUUUCAGACAUUGAAGUACCUCCAAACACGACCGUCAGUGUCCAUCAGUUGUCCACAUACUGGUCCCCUCGCAACUUCCAUGAGCCCUUGUCCUUCCAUCCGGAGCGCUGGCUGCGUGAGGCUGCAACCAAUCCUACUUCGGCAUUCUACAAUGUCAUUCGUGCUGCCCGACAACCUUUCCAUGUAGGUCCGCGAAACUGUGUUGGCCGCAAUCUAGCAUACAACGAGAUGCGCGUGAUUCUUGCGCGGGUGCUGUGGAAUUUCGAUCUGGAAUUAUGUAAAGAGAGCGAAAACUGGCAUAAUCAAAAACCUUAUGUAGUAUGGGCGAAGAAAGCUUUAUGGGUGAAGUUGAACUUCAUGCUUCAACUGACCUGGUCCGCAGAGAUUCUUAGCGCUACUUAG